AUGGCGGUGUUGAGAAUAAGGGAGAUGAAGGUGUCCCUGCCCCUCGUGCUGCUGGCGGUGUGUGCGCACAGUGUAAAUGACCCUAGCAAUAUGUCUCUGGUCAAGGAGACGGUGGACAGGUUGCUGAAGGGAUAUGAUAUACGACUGAGGCCAGAUUUCGGAGGUCCCCCGGUCGGUGUGGGCAUGAAUAUAGACAUAGCGAGCAUAGACAUGGUCUCAGAAGUCAAUAUGGACUACACGCUGACCAUGUACUUCCAGCAGGCGUGGCGGGACAAGCGGCUGUCCUACUCGGAGAUCCCCCUCAACCUGACCCUAGAUAACCGCGUGGCCGACCAGCUCUGGGUGCCCGACACCUACUUCCUCAACGACAAGAAGUCCUUUGUGCACGGCGUCACGGUGAAGAACCGAAUGAUCCGCCUGCACCCCGACGGCACGGUGCUGUACGGCCUGAGGAUCACAACCACUGCUGCGUGCAUGAUGGACCUGAGAAGAUACCCCCUGGACGAGCAGAACUGCACCCUGGAGAUCGAGAGCUAUGGUUACACGACGGAUGACAUUGAGUUCUACUGGCGUGGAGGGCACAACGCCGUCACUGGCGUGGAGCGCAUAGAGCUGCCCCAGUUCUCCAUCGUGGACCACAAGCUCAUCUCCAAGAACGUUGUGUUCUCCACAGGGUCCUACCCCCGGCUGUCCCUGAGCUUCAAGCUGAAGAGGAACAUCGGCUACUUCAUCCUGCAGACCUACAUGCCCUCCAUCCUGAUCACCAUCCUGUCCUGGGUCUCCUUCUGGAUCAACUACGACGCCUCCGCCGCCAGAGUGGCCCUCGGCAUCACUACGGUGCUCACCAUGACGACCAUAAACACUCAUCUGAGGGAGACCCUGCCCAAGAUCCCCUACGUCAAGGCCAUCGACAUGUACCUCAUGGGCUGCUUUGUGUUCGUGUUCCUCGCCCUGCUGGAGUACGCCCUGGUCAACUACAUCUUCUUUGGACGAGGCCCCCAGCGGCAGAAGAAGGCGGCGGAGAAGAUAUCCACAGCAAACAACGAGAAGAUGCUGAUGGACCCAAAUAAGUGGCUGGUGGGUAAUGUAGUCGGGAGAGACGAUACUCUGUACUCGAGGAUGAAGCAGAGGGACCUGGACGGACGCGACCCGAUGUGGGAGCCCAUCUUCAUGGACGAUGCAGGGCUCGGACUGGGAGAUCCGAAGAAUAAGAUGGACUCCCAUGAAAACAUCCUGCUGGGCACCCUGGACAUCAAGAACGAGAUGGGCCCGUCGGAGCUGGCGCUCGGCCUGAACGACCCGCGCAACACCAUGCUGACGUACGACAGCUCCACGCUGCAGUACCGCAAGGCCGGCCUGGCCCGGCACAACUUUGGCCGCAACGCGCUGGAGCGCCACGUCACCCAGAAGAAGAGCCGGCUACGGCGGCGCGCCUCCCAGCUCAAGAUCAACAUCCCCGACCUGACGGACGUCAACUCCAUCGACAAGUGGUCACGGAUAAUCUUCCCCACCGUCUUCUCCCUCUUCAACAUCAUCUAUUGGCUGUACUAUGUCAACUGA